AUGACCAUCGCCGCCUCGCACCCCGAGCCCUCUCCGACAGGUUCGCCUGAGUGGAAGGCAUGGGCUAGGGAAGACAAGGGAACCGUGAUUGUGGUCUCCUGCUGGACCGUCAUCGCCUUCGCGACGCUGUUCGUCAUCGCGCGGCUGUACGUUCGAGGUAUCAUACAGAAGAGACUCCGUCUCGACGACUAUAUCAUCGUGGCGGCUAUCAUAUGCAGUUACCUCUCGACCGCCCUCUCCACCCUCUCCGUCUACCACGGCGAUGGAAAACACAUGAGCCUCCUCUCGGUCAAGCAGCAAGAGGGCAGCAUUCUCUGGACGACAGCCGGCUUCUGUCCCGGCGUCAUGUCCUUCGGCCUUCCCAAGCUGGCUGUCGUGGUGCUGUUGACGCGCCUGCUUAACCCCGACAGAUUACACCGAUACUUUCUAUGGUUCCUGGGCAUGUUCACCCAGCUGGUCCUCCUCGCCACCGUCGGCGUCCUGAUCGGGCGCUGCUACCCAGCCAAUGCGCAGUGGGACUUUUCCAUCACGGACAAGACUUGCUUCAGCACGCACAUUCUGGCCGCUUACUGCAUCUUCGCUGGCUCAUGGUCCGCCUUUGUCGAUUUCUACCUUGCUAUUUACCCCACCUUGGUGUUGUUCAAGUUGAGCCUGCCGCUGAAAAAGAAGAUUGCCCUGAGCUUUGCCCUGGGGAUCGGGUCUAUCUCGGGCAUCGUUGCUAUAUACAAGACUUCGCGGCUGUAUCUACUCGAAAGUCCCGAUUUCGCAUACGAUACCUCUGAUCUCGUUAUCUGGACAGUUAUCGAAGGCAGCACGAUAAUAAUCGGCUCUUCAAUCCCGCUCCUCCAACCCCUCUUCGAGCAAGUAGUAGGAACCCGCUUCUUCAGCAGCAAGGACACCAAGAACCGGCGGUACUACGAAGACUACAGCGAGUCCAAGUUCAAGAUCAUCGGGAAUGGGACAUCCAGUUUCAACCCGCAGAAGAGCGCCAAACGCAAUGGGAAGCCGAGAGACCCGUACGCCGAGGACGUCGAACUGCAGACUCGGAUGGGAGGCCCUGCAGAAUUUAGCCCGGAUGAGUUUACCGUCGGUUCGUCGCGGGAAGAGCCCGUUGUCACGACGGGCAGCGGGAGGUCGUCGUGGAAGGGACAGCAGCCGGAUUCGAGGGGUGGGAUUGUGAGGACGAAUGAGGUCACUGUCACGUACAACUAA